ACUCGGCAACCGCGAAGUUUGGUCGCCAACGUUUGCCGUUUCAUCUGAAAAGAAAAAGCAUUCGAGUGGUGUUAGUGCAACUUGGCAUGUAGUUCGAACGGCUGGUGCGUUGCUAUCGUCUAACCAACAUGACAAAUCGAUUGCGAGUGCGUGUGCUGGAAUAAAUAGUUUAGUAAAAAACUAAACGAAUGCACCACAUUAAGCUGUGCUAAGUAAAACAAUUCAGACGAUUCGGUAGCUCGUGUAGUGCGGCAAAAUAGAGACAACCUACUGUUGUUUAUUUCUCCGACUUGAAACCAUUCGAAAGCCGUGUAAAACAGGUGCUCCCAACUGGUAAGCGUCCGGAAAAGGGGCUCUUGAAGAGCGAUAAACAUUGAUUUUAUUGCACAAUAUUCGGAUCGAAAUCAGUGAAAGGACGUAAAAUGUGAACACCAUCGAUCAUGGACCUCAUUCACAAAACCGAUUGGUGGUUGGCUCUCUAUGCUGCUCGCUGUGUGUGAUGUGUCGUGGUAACGAAAAGUCGGUGCUCCAGAAAACCCGAACGGUGUUUUCCAUUGCUGCCAGUCCCCUUUUCUCGCCCGGAACUUCUCGCACAGGAGGAAGAUGGUUAAUGAAUGUGGCAUGCUUCCGGGCAUCCGGGAGGUGGUAAUGUGGGUCAGAUGAGCUGUAAAAGUAGUGCUAAGGAACGGGACGGGUGAAGGUGGAAAACGUGGUCAGUGGAAAACGAAUGAGAAAGACGGUACGGACGCGGUGCGUCUCUUCUGGUGUUUGCUGAUAAUCGUCUGUAUGCAAAAAUAAGAUGACAGGUGCAUGAACAGCAAAACAACACAAGUGAUGGCACAGUGUCGUAUAUGACAUUAGGAAGGCAAACGAACAAAAAACGCAAGAUAAGACUCGGUUUUCUAGUGCAUACGAUUGGUGAGAGUGUGAUUUGCUUGAUAGUAGACGCUGCUGAUAUUACUUCCUUCCGUUCCAGCAAUAUGUAUGUUGACGACGCCUACUAUUACUACUACUAGCCUAGCGUCCUGUUCUUGGCACAAAGUAGCGCAGCACUGAAUGCAUUAACUCUUCCAGCAGGCCGUGACCGUGUCGAGUGAAAUUAAUCGGUGCAAGCUGCUCUUUCACGGCAAAUUGCUCAAUGGCGACCUUUCGCCGUCUGUGAUGAAACGGGGAGGUGACUGGUGAAAACAUUAUCAUCUUCUAUCAAACAACAUUCCAGCGGCAUAACCAGAAGAGUACAAGAGAGAAAGGUGUUUUGUGAUUUGGUGUGAUAUAAAAAUCGCAUUUAUUAUUAUAAAAAACGUUGAAUAUAUACACACAUCUUCUUAAUGUGCCCUCUCCUACAGUUGUUGGUCAAAAUGUUAAGUGAAACAAUUAUGUGUGCUCGUCUUGGGUGAGUCGAAACUUCAUCAGCAAGGGUGAUUAAAAACAGUCGGCUAUGGUUCCCUUAUACGUCGAAUCUAAGAAGGCGUCUGUGGAAACCGUGCGGAACAACGUCCGGGAGGAAGCAACGUACUGUGAAUAAUAAUAAAUUGGUGGACGGAAAUUAACGUGUGUACAUCAGCUAUCGCCUGGGUGUAGCUAGUGUACUACUUCGGCACCAACCCAUACAGACUGUUGAUCGUACGCAAAAAUUGCCGAAUGAUGGCGUCCUUCCACUUCUAUCGACAAACCCAGCAACGGAUACAGUGACGACAGCGUACAAACUGUGUGCAAUAUAAAUUCGUUCGGUUCAGGGUAAAGAAGGCGGUUGCUACGCGGAACAACUAAUCAUAAACCUCGAUUCGAUUGGAAUUUGAAUUCAGAAGAAGUUGUUACUGUUCCUCAAAAGAUAAGCAGCAUAAUUGCCAAACAUGGACGAAGAAGCACUGAUAGCCCGAGCAAAGGAGGAACGGGAAAAGAUUUUCCAGCGCUACGAUAAGGGCCGGGAACCGGGAGCCGAGAUCGAUCCGUGGGAGGAUCCUGAAUUCGCAGUGUACUACCAGACAGAUAGGUAUGGAUUCAUCCAUAACACACCGCUACCGGCAAAACCGGGACCCCAUGAAUCCAAAGCAUUGCAGGUCGAACUGGGCCGGGAGAAGAAGUGGAUCAAGCUGCUCGGCCUUUCCUCGCAGCCAACCAAACGGCACUGGGACGAUAAAACGGUUCAGGCGAAGGUCCGCAAACGUGUAUUUAAAGGAAUACCGGAAAAGGUACGCGGACAAGUCUGGCACAAACUGCUCAAUCUUGAUCAGGUGAUGAAGACAGAGCAGGGCAAGUACAAGAAGAUGCUCGAUCUGGCACGCAACUGGAGCACGGAAGCUCGACAGAUUGACAAGGAUGUGAAUCGACAGUUCCGCGAUCAUAUCUUCUACCGGGAGCGUUACAGCGAUAUGCAGAAAAGCCUGUUCAAUGUGCUGGUGGCGUACAGUAUGUACAAUUCAGAGGUCGGCUACUGCCAGGGAAUGUCGGGUUUAGCCGGAGUGUUGCUGAUGUACAUGAAUGAAGAGGAAGCAUUCUGGGCACUAAGCGUCCUGUUGGCGGAUGCAAAGUUCGCCAUGCACGGCUUGUUCAUUGAAGGCUUUCCCAAACUGACCCGUUUUCUAGCACAUCACGACAAAAUCAUAACCAAAUUCAUACCAAAGCUUAAGAAACACUUCGACCAGUGCAAUCUAGACUCGAUCCUGUAUUCCUUGAAAUGGUUCUUUGUGGUGUUUAUCGAAAGGAUACCGUUCAGCUUGUGCUUACGCGUCUGGGAUAUUUAUCUGCUCGAUGGGGAAAAGGUGGUCACUGCCAUGGCCUAUAACAUACUUCGUAUGCACAAACAACAUAUACUUAAGCUACGGGACAUGGAUCAAAUUGUGCAGUACAUCCAGACGCGACUAUGUCAGGACUUUGGGUACGAUGACGAUACGGUAAUAAAAAACCUCGAACAAUGCAUGGAGGAGCUACGCAAGGCUGGUUUAGAGCUGCCACCGCCACCGAGUGAGAUUGAGCUGCCAAAAAAAGAGUUCGGGAUAUUUGUGGAACCUACAGCUGCUGCGCAGAUUGGCCGACGGAAGCAAGAGUUUACGGAAACGGAAAAGGAUGUGACGGAAACAGUCAAACUAAAGCGAGAAAUAACCGAACAGGAAAUUGCCAAUCUCAAUCGAAUCGCAACCGCUCCUGGAGGUUCCACACAACAGUUAAAUACAGUACACAUUCCAGAAUCGGAGGAUGGUGGAUCGCUUCUGGGAAGCUCUCGAAAAUCGUUAGCCGAUACGUCAGUUACAUCUACCGCUGAUUUGAGCGUACUAUCCGGCGGUCAAAGCCAACGGUCCCAUCAAGCGUUCGAUUUCUGCGUUGAAGAUCAGAACGUGAUCCCGAGCGAGGACGAGGGUGAUGGCGAAAGUAGCCCGGUAUCGAAGCGAAAACAGUCGACGGUGCCAUCGGCGUCGCCUGGUACCGCAAAUGGUACCACGUACGCCACCGCCUCCACCUCCACGACGAGGCCGGUCAGGUUUAGAAGUGCAACAUCCGCCAUCGGUGCAACGAGUGUGGUAGAGCGUAGUCCUUCGGCGCUGCAGUUAAUGACUCCACGUGCGAUGUCUCCACACGAUGUACUCCGCAUUUACGUACCACCGGCCCCACCAGAAGAGGUACAGCAGUCUACUGUAGGUCUCUCACGUACAUCCGCAGUUGCAAACAAUCACGAUCGGACGACAAUCCAGUCCGACCUUUCCGGUCCAACAAAUGGCACGGGACAGCGACGUCGCAAUCGUUCCUCGCGCACCAGUUACAACGAUGAGGAUGAGGAUGAAGAAUCUAAAACACGGCGCAACAGUGAAAUUGAUUUGUACCUACAGCAAUCGAUUAAUAAGGCAACUGCCGGCACCGUGUUGGGAAAUGGCAAUGUAGCGGCAGCCGGAUACGGCAGUGGAAGAUACUCUGACUACACCAGUGGUGAAUUUCAGGGCCAGCAACCGUCACUGAUUCCUUCGGUACCCUUGUCUCCUUCCGCGUCCCAGAACAAUUACGCAUCUAAUGGACGGUCCACUUCGUCAUCCCGGCGUGGCAGUAUGUCACGGAAGUCGCCAGCUCCAACCCUCGACAGUGAAUUUAUCAUCGAGUGUAGUCACUUGAAAAAUCGUAAAUACGUGCCACCACUGGAUCACCAUAGCAGCCACAACAGUUUGGUGCUGAGCGUAGGUGGUGGCUUACCGACGUACGGUAGCCGCAACGGUUCGGAAUCUAACAUUCACCGCAUGACAUCGUUCGAGGAAUUGGCUAAGGCAAAACUGCAGCACCAUCUGUCCGGAAGCGGUGGCAGUGGAGCAAUCACCGGUAGUAGUAGUAGUUUACUAAGAAGUACUACCGAUGAUUACUACGCCGUCCGACAAACGGUGUCGGUAACGAAGGCGAAAUCUUCCACCACGAACAAUCGCAUGGCGCGCAGUGAAAUCUAUGAGUCGAUCGAAAGCAGGGAAGAAUCACACUACGACAGCCCUCGCCGGCGACAACAGCCGGCCGAUACGUCAUCCGAUCUGUAUGAUGGUAGUACCCCCGGUAGUUCAUUGCAUAAAAGCUCACGUGGCCAUAAGAGCGACUACAACAUACAGUACCGGAACCUUUCGCUGCAGGGCUCCAGGGCAGUAGGUCCCAUUUCACCGCUAAGUGACAGUGGAGGUGAUGGCGUGGAAUAUCGACCGUUUAAGUCGUCAUCGCGACAAAACAGUGGCAAUGAUAGCUCACCGUUUGAUUACGACCCGUUACCAACCGAUGGUGGUUCGUCGGACGGUCCGACCAAUGUGGCCACGGAACGGUACAACCGUUUCUUCAACAAUGAUGAAGAGGACGAUGAUGAUUUGGGACGUGAGCGAGACACACUGAACGGCGCAGCGAUGGUCUCUUACCAUCAUAGGGAAGAUGAAGAUAAGCUGCUGACGAAAUCUUCCGACGAUUCCUCCACAAGUCCACCACCACCAGUAGCUAGCAGCCGUCCUUCACAGUUACCCCAAUACCAGCGGGAGCAAGCUAGUGUCGGUUCGGGUACGGGUAGUCACCAACGACAACGGCCGCGCCAAAGACAACCACCAUCAACAAGUCCGUCCCAUACACAGCAUCAGAACGGCUCAACGCCAACCAAUGAAAUGAUGGUGCCUCUCUUACCCGUGUCUCCAGCGAGUAACAACAGCACAAUGACCGGUAGAAAGGGCUACUCCGCCUCGAUGCUGCACUCCGACGGUACCACAUCACCUCCGUCAUCGUCGGCCAUACCAGUCAGUAGUGCGAAGCGUAAGUAUUCUACCGAAUCGUCAUCACAUGUACCGGCCGGUUCAUCCACUACCAGCACUCCAACCGGUACUAGGCGUCGUGGUUCGAACGCAUCGGCCAACGCCAUGUCUCCACCGGUCGUAGCACAUUCGCGCAUUCCGGUUGGUUUGAAAUCGCCAACAUCACCCACCGGUUCACUGCAGGGUUCAUUCCGAUCCGGCAUACCUACGCAAAAGUCCUCUCGACUGCCCGCUGCAAAAGCACCGGAAGUUGGCGACCGUUUGCCACAGUACCAGUACGGUACGGCUUCCGGCCCGGCAUCGUUGGCAUUGUCGCCACCCGCUUCAACGUUUCAAAGGGCCGGACUCGCACAAGGAACGGCUGGGUCGAGCGCUUACUCGAGCAACCGAUUAGGAUCGUCCCGGUCGGCGCAUCAAAUUCAGUCGGACUCGAAUAAGAUUCGCAUCCAGAUUAAUCCAUCACAGUCGUACAGCAGCAGCAGCACGACCGGUGGAUAAAUUCGACGUCCUUCUCUCUAGCCUCUAUUAGUACGCGAAGUUUAUCAGCAAUUUUAUGAUUUGUUUUUAAAUUAAACAUUAGGCACACCAAUGUGGACCGAGUCCGAACAGGGUGAAAUUUGAGCUUUAGCAGUAAGAAGGAACAUUUUCCCUUAUUCCAAUGGAAGUUUCGACCCAAUAGCCCAAAUCAAUUCCCUGUCAAGUAUUUUUCUGCGUUUAAAUAUUUCUUCGUUCUUAAAUAUUUGAAACUGCUUUUCCAACUUGUAGAAUGCAUUCCAUAUGUUCAUUCAUGACAUGAUUUAUUUGUCGUACCUUUAAAUACUACUACUUCAGUAGCUGCAACAGCGUUGUAGGAUUAAGUUCCAAGUUAGAUUGGGAUCAAUUAUUAGCAGGAGAGCGAAUUCUGUUGGGCUCUCAAUUUCUCGAAGCUUUCCACGUUAUCCGAACACGUGUAUGUAACAAAGCAAACUACUAAAAUAAAAGCCUAAACAAACGUUCCAAUGAGAUCUUAUGAACAGAUUAGCUUUUUUUCGCCUCUAUCUCUCUUUCGUUUUUGCAAGGCAGUAACAAAUAGCAAUCGCUCGCCUAAUAUAUUUAUGUAUCGUUUAUCUGCCGGUAGCUGCAAAAGAAUAAUAUUUAGGAGGGAGACACAUUUUUGCACAAAAGAUGAAGCAAAAAAGAAUGGGUACAAGUUACAAGGCGGACAAUAUCGAAAAAUAUUCACACUGUGCGCGAUAAUCACUUAUGCGAUAAUAAAUAAUAAGUGGGAAAAGUGUACGGGGAAAAAAUGAAAGCAAGCAAUCGAAAUAUCCAAAAGCGUUGCUUUAAAAAGUUGAUUUUUCUGUUUAUCAGCAGUUUUUGUCGCCUCUCAAUUUGCCUUUUCCAAACAUGAUGAUGGUACUUGACAUGUUCUUCCCCUCUUACAAUAGCGCAGCAGCACCAGCAAAAUUAUUAGUUCGAGGGGCACAAAUCGAAACCGUUCCAAAUGAUACGAUUUAGCCUAAAUUUAAAGUAUCGAAUACAAUUCGAUCCAGUUAAAAUAUGCAUUUAAUGUUAGGGCUCGAAAACCUGCAGACACAUCGUUACGAAACCGCCAAUAGUUGUUAGACUGUAAAAUACGGAUUGGUGGUUUAUGUGUAUGUAUAUGUAUGUUGGUAGAUUGUAAUUCGUUAGACAAGCAAGAGUGCCGCCGUUGGUUCAUUAUGACCCAUCCUUUCCAUGCCUUAGGCGGGGUGGAUAACAACAAAGCGAAAAACAAAACAGAUGCUAUAAUAUAUCUCCUCCUCUCAACAAUAUACAUAAAAAUACUAAACAGCAACAUAAAAUCGAGCUAAAGGAAGAGUGGUUAUUUUUUAUGCUUAUAAGUUCAAUGCAGAGUUGUACGAGUUCUACAAGCCCAGCGGAUUUACUGUCUACUGGCUACCAAAGGUUUUUAUUUUGAUUGCUUCCUAACUACUUUUAGCAUACUUCGCGGAAUGAAGAAGCACUGAAUACGUUUAACUAUAACGAACGCUUCUUAUUUUUAUUUCGCUGAGCUUAAUUACUCAAAUACACUUCAAUAAAACCAUGCUUAUAAAAGCAUUACACAUGUUUAAUGUUUAUUUUGAGUGGUAGAUAGUAGCAUUGAGUGGAAGAUUAUAGUUAUGUUGGAAACGUACGACUUACGAAGCAAUUCAGACCCGCUUAUGCAGAAGCAAUCGAGAUCAAAUCCUUUGUGAGUCGAAACAAAUAAUUGUUUUUCCCGGAUACAUUUUUGGUUUGAUUUGCUUAAUUAAACAUACCUGUCGAGAUUAUACCAAAUCGUAAUUCCAGACGAAGGAUAAAACGAAUAAAAAUACGGUUUAAAAUGUAACAAUAUCCGUUUUGUGCUACGACACUUCGAAACAAAAUUGAACAUUAAUUUCACGUGAUACUUAUCACUUUUCUUUGAUAAUUCAUAUACUAAGGUGGAAACCAAAUCACGCCAACACACAACAAUACGGGUUUAAUCGUUCAUAGAGAUUUUUUCCAUCUUUCUCCAAUAUUGUUGCUUCAUUAAUCAGCUGUUUCACGUACACGCGAGUCCAGUUCGAUGUAAAAAUCAAAAUCUUUCCACCACUGAAUGUGUGUAUGUGUGUGUAAUAAUUAAGUAGUGCUGAAGUGCGGUUUUUUUUUAAUAAAAACAUAAUAGAAACCAA